AUGAAGACCAAGAGUCGGCCACCCCGGCGCCGGGCACCUCCGCAAGACCCAGAAGCCACCCCAGGGGAGCGGACGCCCGACAGGCCACCGCCGGGUUCGGGUGGGCCGGACGCAACCAAGGCUCUGCGGAGCCGGAUGGCGCGGGCUCAGGGGGCGCGGGCGGAGGGCGGGCGCCGGCGGCCGGGGCCGGGGGGCCGGCGGGAGAGCAGCGUCCAGCGGCGGCUGGAGAGCAACGAGCGGGAGCGACAGCGCAUGCACAAGCUGAACAACGCCUUCCAGGCGCUGCGCGAGGUCAUCCCACACGUGCGCGCCGACAAGAAGCUUUCCAAAAUCGAGACCCUCACACUGGCCAAGAACUACAUCAAGUCGCUGACCGCCACCAUCCUGACCAUGUCCAGCGGCCGCCUCCCGGGCCUGGACGGGCCAGGCCCCAAGCUCUACCAGCACUAUCAGCAGCAGCAGCAGGCUGCCGGGGGCACGCUCGUAGCCGCCGAGGCCCCGCCCGAGGGCCACCUGCAGAAAUACUCCACCCAGAUCCACAGCUUCCGCGAGGGCUCCUAG